AUGAGGAGAGAGAACGCGCUCCUGAAGCCUUCCACGGGCUUUCGCAACAGUCGCCGCACACCUCAGCCAGCGCUGUGUGCGACAGGGGCGGGCCCGGCUGCUCUCUGCCGCCUGAGACCGGGGCCAGGGGGACUCCGCGCUCCGCCCCGACCUUUCCCCCCAGGGCCCGGCCAGAGGGACCGGGAAGCCGGGUGUGAAGGGGGCGCGGCGUGGCGGGACAGAGGAGAGCCGAAGCAGAACGUCCUGAACCCCCGCCAGCGGCUCAAACCACCGUCCCGCCUCAGGGAACACUACCGCUGCCCAGCGCGCUGCUGCGCAUGCGCCGCCGGGGGCCUUGUCCCAGGCUCUGGAGGCAGGGAUCGGCAGUGGUGGGGGUUCCGUGCUGGCGGUACCUCAGCCGUGGCUGGUGAGGGUCCCCGCAGGGCGGCAAUGGCCAGGCCAAUCAUCGUGCCCAUGAGAGUCACGGCGACCGUCCCAGAGGCCUUCAUGGUGCUCCACCUGAGGAUGAACAUGGUGGAGGAGCAAACCAGUGCCCUGGUGCGAGACCUGGAGGAGCUUGGCGUCAAUGGGCAGAGCCUGGAGCAUUUCCACUCAGAGACCUCAGAAACACCCACUCAUCCCCCAGCCAUUAGCCCUGUGCAGGCCAGGGUAGCAUUUGUGGGAGAAAAUACACUGUGGAAGAACUGUGAGAUGCUGGUGAAUCGAAUGUGUCGGUUAGAGAGUGUUGUACAGACACUGAAAUCAAACAUCUUCCGGCUGCAGGCAGAAAAGGAACUGAGCUCCAAGUACACAGCCCAAUUGGAGCAAUGCUUGAAAACAGUCCACGAGGAGCAUUUGCAAGAAAUGAAGACUGUACAGCAAGAAGCAAUGAAGUUGCAUCAGCAACUGAGUGAUAUGAAAGAGGCUGAAGAAAAGGCAAAAGAAGAAGUUCAGAGACUGAGUACUGCUCUGGAGAUUACAACUUCAUCCAAGAUGGAUGUAGUAACUGCAGCUGAGGAACUGAGGAACACAAACCAGAAGAUUAACUGUAGACUUCAGGAGCUCACAGAACAGCUCUCCCAGGAGAUCAGCCUGCGGCAGUCUCUGGAGGAAUCCCAUGCAACUGUGUUGUGUUAUGUGCAGGACAUGGAAGCAAUAGUAGAAGUGAAACGAAAGCAGGUACAGAUACUACACCAGGACUGCCAAGACUUGUGUAAAGAUGUCCAGCUAGCCCAAGUGAGGCUGCAAGAGGAAGAGGAAAGAACUGCACAGCUGGAGCAACAGUGCACACAACUGAAAGCUGAGCUGGACUCCAGGAACUGUAUCAUUUCCCAGCUUGGUGAAGAAACAAAAAAUGCACAGCUGUCUUUAAGCAAAGAACGCAAGGAGAACCUGCAACUUCAGUCUAAAAUGACCACCUUGCAAGAGACAGCAGAGAAAGUACAGAUCCUUAAUGACCGCUUAAGCCAGCAAUGCUCAGAGCUCAGCACCACACUCCAGAGUGUUGCGGUGGAGAAUGCUAAACUCAUUUCAGACCAUCUGACUGUGCUUAAGGCAGAACAAGACAAGACCCAUAAGCUGCAAGAGCAAGACUCACUUCUGAAUGCUGCCCAUGCCAAUGUUCUUGGAGAGCUGCAGAGUGUGCAGCAUGAGAGGUCUCAGCUUCAAAGAGAGCUGGAGGCCUUGCGUACAGAGCAUGGCAAAUACAGGCUGAAGGCAAGCCUUGCUGAGAAGGCAUCAGCCACAGAGAGACAGCUUCUGGAACAUACUGUUGCUAGACUGCAAGAUGAACUUGAGACAGCUUUGCAAGAGAAAAGAUCUCUGCUGUCAGAGAAGGAAGAUCUUCAACAGGAGAUAAGGACAAGAGCAAAUGAAACAGUACAGGAAAGGAAUAAACUAGAAGUACUAAAAACAGAGAAUGAGCUGGAAAUUAUUUCAAUGAAGUUCACUUUGCAAACACUAGAGCAAGAGAACAAGAGGCUAUUGAACCGCUUGGAUGCGCUGGUACAUGAGCAGUAUGCCCAGCAGCAUGUGCAACAAGUGCUGGCAGAGCUGGCUGACAGCAAGAAUAAACUGACCUGUGACAAAGGAAAACUUCAGGUGGCAAUCCUGCAGCACCAGCUGGACGCAGCAAAGGAUGAUAGCAAUAAGGCAACAGCCAUGCUGGAGCAUGUGUUAGCAUCUCAUAACAAGAUGAAAGCAGCACUGGAUGUGGUACAAACUGAGCUGGUGCAUAAGGACACUGAAAUCAGCCACCUCAGAAGAGACAAGAGCCAGACUCAACCAAAAAUACAGAUCUUGGAAAGAGAACUGAAGCACUGCCAAGCCAAACUGGUCGACAUGGGAAAGCAGCACCGCAGCCAGGUGGAACCACUCUGUAAGGCACUAGAAAAAGCUAGAACAGACAAGAAGAAACUUGUUCUUUGUUUGGAAGAAUUUUUGCAGGUCAGUAACACCCUGCAGAGCAAACUGAUCCAAACUCAGUGUGAACUGAAAAGUAAAGAAACUGAAAAUCAGCAGCUGAUGCUCUGCAGGGAACAGUUAAUGGAAAAAGACAAGACUGAGGGAAAGAUGUGUGCUGCACACUUAGAGUUUUUGCAGAAACAGUUUCAAAUUGAACAAGAAGCUUCCAGGAAAGCCACAUGUCACGAAUCUGCUGAGAUAAAGAAAUCUCGUGAAGAAGAACCCUCCAAACUGGCUGAAGUUUCCUGUGCCAACAGAGAGCUGCAUCUAAAGGUAAUAGAGCUGGAAAAGUCUUUUUCCAGUUCUAGGAAAAAGCUAAGAAGUCAAAGAGCUCAAGUCAGACAGUGCCUGCCCUGUAAAGCUAAUGCAGAAAGGAUAAAGGAACUGGAAAAAACAGUCAAACAUCUGAAGGAAUAUAAAGAGGAGGCAGAAAAGAAACUGAAGGAAGCUAGCAUAGACUCAGAACAGAUUGCAACUAGCCUAAAAGCAGCUUACCGUUGGUUCAAAUCUGACUAUCUGCAGCUAGAAGCUGUGAAAAAACACCAGCCAAAGACCUGUGAAGACUGCAGCCCCAGAAAGGAGGAGAAAAAGCACGAAGAGCAUCCCACUUACACCUCCUGGGACACAGCGAGACCCAACACCUCCAGCUCACCACCAGGAAGGCCACGUGAGUUGGGCAGGAAAUGAGCUAACUUGUCUGGAUGAUUCCCAGUCCAGGGAGAGCAUCACCUGCCAGGAAGAGACUCCUAGCUAGCAUGCAGGUACUGGACAAACGGGGAACUUUAGCUGAUCUCGCAUAAUUAGAUAGGUCUGUAGCACUGAAAAGGUAUUGCAGAUAAAAGGUGCGCACAGGGCACCAUAUAUAGGGGACAUAGGGUUGCUUGUUUAAGUCAUAAACUGAUUUGAAGUCAUACCUCUCACCUGGUCCUUCUGACUCAGAUUCUUUGCACUGUGAGACUGAUAUAACUACCAUUUAUAGCAAAACAAUUACUUUGAAUGUUGAUAUGCUGCAUCUUUCUUUUCAUCACUUUUCUUUUAUCAGCUGUAGACUGGCAGGUGCUAUCAAAACAAAUCUCAGACUGGUUUGCAGAGGGUUCACAUGAAUGACCAAAGGCCAAGUCAUGUGUGUGUGGCUUGAUGCUGACGUGACUGGAACAGGGUGGAACUGGCAGGACUGGCUGCCUCUAAUGGCAGAUGAUAUCUGGGUCAUGAGAGAACACAAGCCUUGGGCUAUUUUAGAAGCAUAUAAGGAACACAUCAGGUGUGUGAUGUUACACCACACAUCAUCUUACCUUCGUAAGAAUUAGUGGAAUUUGGUCAACCUAUCCUAAUGUGGAACAACACACUGGGGAAGGAGUAGUUGGAGCAGCUGACUUACAUCAUAGUAUGUUGAAGAUGAUUAUAACAUAGACAGCUUUCAUACUUGUUCAAUGAAGGAUCAGCUCACCUUCCUCACAGCUUACUGUUCCACAUGGUUCAGUACAACCCAGCUUCAGUGCAAGUGUUCUUGUAUGCUGAUUUGCUUCAACAGAGCUGCUCACAGGCUCCUCUGUGAGCAGUGGUACUAUUUCUGUGAAGUCUAUAUGCAUUAUUUGCAAUACUUUAGUGGGGCAGGAAGCCUUGUAUACCUCUGGAG